AUGGAUCACGAAAAUUCCACUGCCUUUAAAUUCCGUCGGGCCAGCAGCAAGCUGCAUAAGGACCCUCCUCCACAGUUCAAUUCCUCCCGGGCCCUGAAGAGUCAGCAAAGCAACCCGUCGCUCAAGAGACACCCCUCCGCCCCAGUCUACCCGCGCUCCCACGCCGCCAACAGCCGCGAACACCUGCGCACCCGAUCCAACGCUUACGGCUCGUCAUCGUCGUCUCUGGACCAGAACAGCGCCGACUCCAAUUCUUCUCAAUCCCGUCCUCCACAUGCCGGACGCCUGUCGUUGACAAAUCGAAGCUCAGAUGAAUUAGUCGGCGCCCCGUUUGAUGCGCGGGGUAUGCUCAACGCCCUCGACGAGUCCACAACCCCAGCGCAGCAAAGGCAGCAGCAGCAGCAACAACAACAAGAAUCUUCCUUUCGCCGCCCUCCUCUGCCGCACUCCCAUCAUACCAGUCCGGCACUGAGACAAUCGGCCAGCCACACGGCCUUAAAUCCCCGAAUGGACACAGCGCUUCCCCAGAUCCAGGAUGCCGCUCCGAGCUCGAAGAGAAAUUCCGACGAGGGCAACACCACCAAGACGAGGAAGAAGAGUGGCUUUUCCAAUUUUGUGAACAGCAUGCUGGGUUCUCCGCGGAAUAUCAAGAUUUCUGCCCCAGAGAACCCUGUCCAUGUCACCCAUGUCGGCUAUGACAAUCAGACCGGCCAAUUUACGGGCCUCCCCAAAGAAUGGCAGCGGAUAUUGCAGGCCAGCGGAAUCUCAAAGAAGGAGCAGGAACAACACCCGCAAACGAUGGUGGAUAUCAUGCGAUUCUAUGAAAAGAAUGCUACGGGGCAAAAUGAAGAUGAGGUCUGGCACAAAUUCGAGCAUGCAUACAAACCAGAUUUCCCCAGUUCGAAUCAGCAACCGGAUGGGUUCAGUCCUACCAACAGUCCGGUCGCGACAGUGACCUCUCCUUCAACAAGCCCUCGUUUCCCACAAAACCAUGAAGGGAGCUUCGAGAACCCACGCGCACCACCACCAAUUCCCCGCGCUGCGCCUGCUGCGACUGCAGCUGCGCCAGCAGGUUCCCUGGUUCCGACUCGUGCAGCUCCAAAGCCCCCGGGUGCUGGUGGGAGUCUUGUUCCCUCUCGCCCUGCUCCACAACCUCCUACUACGAAUACUCGCCCCGGCGGACCUUCGACGACGACGACGACGCCGCCGCCGCCUAUUCCCGAGGAUGGACCAGCCUUCACGGACGGCCCGCGGAGCGACGCAACCUCGCCCACUGCCCAGCGCGUGCCACCUGCUGCCACCCAAUACCAGCAGCAGCAAGAGCGCUCCAUCGCCGCAGCCCAGCAAGCCAUGGCGGACAAGCAAUUGGACCGCAGCCGCAGUCUGCGCCAACAGGCCCAGCAGCAUCCAGCUUCGCGACCUGAACAGCAGCCAGCGACGACGACGACGACGACCACGACCACGACUACCACCACCACACCUCAAACCCCACAGCAGCAAUUCGCUCCUUCUGCAGGCCAAUCCGCAGUACCCCAACCGCCUCCGCACCAGGUGCCUGGAUCUACCGCCCGCCCGCGACCUCGCGCUCGUCAGAGCAAUGCUUUUGAUGUGCGAGCCAAGCUGCAGGCGAUUUGUACUCCCGGAGACCCCACAAAGAAAUACUACAACCUCAACAAGAUCGGUCAGGGAGCAUCGGGAGGCGUGUUCACCGCGUACGAGAAUAACACCAAUAGAUGCGUUGCCAUCAAGCAGAUGAAUCUGGAUCUGCAACCGAAGAAAGAUCUGAUUAUCAAUGAGAUUCUGGUCAUGAAAGACAGCAAGCACAAGAACAUUGUCAAUUUCCUCGACAGCUACUUGCAUGGACUGGACCUGUGGGUCGUGAUGGAGUAUAUGGAAGGCGGCAGUCUUACGGAUGUCGUCACGUUCAAUAUGAUGACGGAGGGACAGAUUGCGGCAGUAUGCAGAGAGACCCUCAACGGUUUGCAGCACCUGCAUUCCAAGGGUGUCAUCCACCGGGAUAUCAAGUCAGACAAUAUCCUCCUCUCGAUGGAGGGCGACAUCAAACUCACCGAUUUCGGUUUCUGCGCCCAAAUCAAUGAUUCGCAAAACAAGCGCAACACCAUGGUCGGAACACCAUAUUGGAUGGCACCCGAAGUUGUCACGAGGAAGGAGUAUGGUCGCAAAGUCGACAUUUGGAGUCUCGGGAUCAUGGCUAUCGAAAUGAUCGAAGGCGAACCUCCCUACCUAACGGAGUCACCACUUCGGGCUUUGUACUUGAUCGCCACCAACGGCACACCCAAGAUCAAAGACGAGCAUAACCUCUCUCCAAUGUUCAGGGACUUUUUGCACCUUGCGUUGCGGGUAGACCCCGAGAAGAGAGCUUCGGCACAUGAUCUGCUCAAGCAUCCUUUCAUGUCCAUGUGCGACCCACUUUCCAGCCUUGCCCCUCUGGUGAGAUCAGCCCGUAUCAGCCGAGCCCAGGAAAAGGCUCAGAAGGGAGGUGCUUGA